CCCCCCGCUUUACCCCCCCCUUUACUAGUGCCCGACCCGACCCGCGCACAGGCACACAUCCCAGUUCAUCCUGUCCUUCGGAGCUAGUGAAGCUUUCGACACAACAGUACGAUGGCUGACAACGAUACCGCUGUUGAGAAGAAGCGUGGACGCCCCAAGAAGGCCGAGACGGGUGAAAAAAGACCGAAGGAGGACGCGUCCGCCGAUGCUCCGAAGGCAAAGCGUGGCCGUGGCCGCCCUAAGGGUAGCAGCAAAAAGGGAAAGAAGACUGCCACCAAGGCGGCUGCAGGCGCCAAGAAGGGCACCGGACGCGGACGGCCCCGGAAGUCGGCGGCAGCCGAGGCCGACAAGGACACCGGAAGUGACGAUGCCGGCGAGGGAUCCGACUAAAGGACAUUCAUCCGUCAUGAUUUCGUAGGUCACUCAUUAAGGGCAGCGGGGGUACUACGACAAGCAAGUCGCAUCGUACGAGGACUCGUCAUCUCAUUUUUUUUCAGGGUUUUCCCCCCUGUUCUCACAUUUUUUUAACAUUAUGUAGAUUUCUUUCCCCCCUGCCAUUUUGUGUCUACCCUGUGCUGCACAGACACGCUCGCCCAUUCAUAUCCGAGAGAAAGGCAUGUGCCGCCCACCCACCCCCCUCGUUGCAUAUUCCCAUUGUUUUUAUUUUCGUCAUAAAUUUCAGUUGAAAUAAAAAGCACACGUCUUUUCAUGUA